UGGCUGUAAGUAAAACUUUAUUAUUUACAAUCAUAACUCAUAUGAUUUAGUAAGUUAUAAAUAAAAACACAUAAUAAAUAAAUCUCAACAGGUAAAUACAUGACAUAAAAUAGAUAUACAGAUUUAUGAUUAAUUCAGUGUAUUAUAUGGAUGGUAAAAGACAUCCAAACAAUUGAUAAAUCAAAAGACAGCUUAUAAUCAGGACAAUAUAAAAAAAUCUUGAAACAGGUUACUAAAUAUAUACAACCUGAUGCACUUAAGAAUAGUUAUACACAUAUCAUUUUCUGUUUUCAAACCUUCCGAACUGCAACGAUUAAUUUUUGUACAGUGUUAUAACUGUGUUAGAACGCAUAUUUUUGUCCAGAUUACCAUGACUUUAUACGGUUUUUUCAGGAAUUGAAUUCCUUCAAUAUAUAUAUAUAUAUAUGGUAUUGAUUAUUCACAAUGUGUUUAUAGAUCGUUAUAGAUAAUAAUGUAUUCAUUAAAUCAUAGGUCAUUGUAUAUUGAUCGAUUACAGUUUGAUAAUUUAAAACUUCACUAAUCAAUAACGCUAGUUAGUUAAACAGUGUAAUUAUAUAUAUCUACAUAUUUACAACAAAGAAAUAGAAUAAAGUCAUACACUCGAAAUAUUUAUUAUUCUUACCUAUAAAAACAACACCAAUGGAUACAGACACAAAAUUAAAAGACAUCCAAUUGUAUAGACCACCACCAGGGUAUACAUUAAGUAGAACAAAACUAUUCCAAUUACAAAGUGUUGAUACAUCUAUGAAACAAUCAAAUAAAUCAAUUAAUAUAGAACAGAUUGAUAUUAAUGAAUUGUCCAAAAUUAUUAAUAUGAAUCAAUUAAAAAUUUUACAAAUUAGACAAACAAUUAUGAAUGAAUUUAUAUAUAAACUAUUAAAAUCUAUGAAACAAUUAAAAAGAAAUUCACAAACAUUAAAUGGAAUCAAUUAUGGUAAAUAAUCAAAAUUAAUUAAAAUAUUACAAAUUUCAUUGAGACAAAAAAUAAAAUUUAUAAUUUAUAAAUUGAUAUAAUACAAAAUGAAUUGAUCCUAUUAAAUCAUAAAUGGAAAUCCUUAAAACUGUAUCCUGCUAAAAUGUACAUCAUUAUAAAGGUAUUAUAGUCAAUUUUUAAAAAGAAAAAAUUUAGAAUAUAAAAUAAAUCAAAUUAAAUAUUGUUUUAUAAAAUCAUAAUUAGAAAAUUAGAAAAAGGUUAAAAUUCAUAAAGAAAAUCAAUAAUAUAAAUUAAAUGAUAUAAGUUAUAAUAAUACACUUUUUACAAUGUGUAUUAAAACAAGUUGAAAUUUCGUUAUGAAUUAUAACACAAGAAGAUUAUUUUUUUCUGGUUAGCGUUUUUUUAGCGAGUUAGUUUCCUACGGUGUGAUGUCGCUAACCACAUGCCUAACCCUUCUCCUUUAUCCGAGUAUGGGAUCGACAGUAACUCUAGAAGAGUUACAGGCGGAGUUAACACAAGAAUAUGAAAAACUUAAUUUUAACAAUAGACAACUAUCUAAAGAAGUAAAUAAUAGAUAUCAAAAAGUAAAAAAAUACGAAUUUAAGAAUAAAGCAAUUAAUAUAUUAAAUCAAGGAAUAAUACAAAACCAAGUCAAAUAAAUAAUAUAUUUGUAAUAUAUUAAAACAUAGAUUAAUUUUGAUUUGAUUAUUUAUUAAUUUUCUGAAGAAGGGGCUAAUACUAAGUCACGAAACGUCAGAAAAUCUAAUUUUUCUACCCAUCGGGAUAUUACAAAUAUAUGUAUUUAUUUAUAAGAAAUUUAUCCAAUGCUCAAUUUAUUCGAAAUUAUCAAGUCAAACCUUGGUAAUGAUAUCUACAAACAAAUAAUACAUUGACUAGUAAUGAAAUUGAUAAAAUACAUGAAAAUUAUAUAGAAUUACGAAAAGAAAUACCAUAAAAUUCAAAUGUUUUAAACUAGAGGAAAUGAAACCAGAAAACUACUAUACAAUGAAGUACAAGAAUUAUGUGGAUCGACCAAGAAGUAAGAAACGGAAACAUGUUCAAAUAUUUUAUGUUGAGAAUUCUAUACUGUACCAAAAAACAUAAUAUUGAAUAAAGCUAAUAAUAAAUAUUAUUAUUAUCAUCAUCAUCGUUUAUUUAUUUAUUUCCUCUCUUGAAGAGGAAAUUUAAACUAAGCUGGAAAACGUAAGAAAUUCUGAUCUCUACUUAAAAAUAUAUCAUUAUUUUAUUAUUGAUCUUCAUUAGGUGUAAUAAGCAGGGUUUUAGAAAAACAAAACCAAUUAUUACACUUUAAGCUAUUGAAUAUGUAAACUUGAACAUGCACGUACAUACGUUUUGUUAAUUCACAUGAAGACAUACAAUCGAAUAAUAAAAGAUUUUAUAUUACAAACACAAGUGACAUGCAAUUCAACUAUCCACUCAUGUGUAGAUGUACUUUUCAGGAGAACCAAAAAAAAGAGGAAUAUGUGAAAUCUUGAUAAACAUUGAAGAUUCAAGAAGGAUGAUUUUUAAAAUAAUAUCACACCAUAAUAAACCAAUUUAACAAUACACAUCAUUAUUCCAUCGUAGACUGAAAGGUGGAAGUCAACUUGGAAAAAGUCUACAUUUAGACAAGAAAAGCGAUAACACAGAGAAAUAAAUUCUGCAUCCACAUAAAAUUAUUCACCGUGAUAAUUACUGUUGGUUUAAAUAAUGAAUCAAUAACAGAUUAAUCUACUGAUAUCAUCGAUAAACUAUUGCUCUUAAAGUAGACACAUCAACUUAAUUAUGAUCCGAUGUAAAAUUAUUCGCUUGUUCAAAUAAACUAGCAUCUUACUAAAUAGAUACCAGUAUAUCGUCUAGUUUUCUCUCAUUAUAGGUAGUAAUCGAUGUUUAUUGACCGACAUGGCUACUAGGCAAAACUACUCAAUAAAACGACUUACGGUAGUCAGUGCUUAAUCGUCGGACUCCAGCCGUAGGAAAUUCAGGACCAAAAUUUAGUGCAAAUGUAAACUCAUCGGUGACAUAUUUACAACACCAAAGGAUUGUCAGAAGUCAUAAAAUACUAUCUAAAAUAUUUCAUUUACUUCCCACAGUAGACUAUUAAGCCAAUUGGAAAAUCCACCUAACUGAUCAUAUUGAAUAUAAACCUUAUCUACUGUGAGUUUUGUUGAUUGCCAGAGGUUAAAAAGAAUGUAACAACGCAAUAGAAUAAUUAAUAUUUGAGAUUAGUACAUCUGAUGACAGUAUCAAUGAACUUUGUUAAGACAUGGGAGCUCAUGAGUUACCCAUGAAAACACUGUCAAAAAAUCGAAAGACUCUUUUGUCUCGGGUUUCAACACGAGUUAUGCAAGCAGAAAUUAGAAUAUUAAGAUAAAUCGAAACAUUUGCUCGAAACAGAAUACCUACAGGAU